AUCAUGUUAAUCCGGAUUGCCGCGUGAAUGUGAAUGUUCAAGCCCGUGGAUCAUGAUGGUUGGCUCGAUAGAUUGCUUGUCUUAGGGAGCUCUAGUGACGACUCGUUCAGAUCGAUUGAUCUUUCUACUUUCUCAAUUCCUUCUGGAGGUUCUCACACCUUCCUACACUCUCCUCCCGCACCUCAACCACUUUCACCCUCAUGUCCUCCUCCGACGAGGAGGCUGUCCGCCGCCCCGGACGCAACGCCGCCAACCAAAGUCCUGACCCGAGUGAUGCUGGCAAUGACUCUGGUGCUGAGAACCAUGGUGCUGGUAAUGAUCUGAUGGACGACGAUGCUGAUCUUUUCGGAUCCGACGGCUCAGAGGGUGGAUUUGACGAUAUUGAUCGACCUCACCGUACUUUGGACGACGAGCAACUGGACUCGGGAGAUGAUGAUGGCCGCUACGACCGACGCGAAGACCGCAUGGACGAGGGGCCGGACGGCGAGACGGAGAGCCUCACCAUUGCCGAAAUGACCAUUGCGCGCGCACCAGUGCCAGCUACGAAUGACCCUGAGGUCUACACAAUGCGCGUUCCCGACUUCCUCUCCAUCGAAUCAGAAGAGUUUAACCCCGAGACCUACAUUGCGCCUGCGUAUUCUACGGCCGCGACGUCCCUUUGCUGGCGCAGAGAUCCCGCCGACGAAGACAAACUACAGUCGAACGCGCGGCUAGUCCAAUGGGAAGACGGUUCUAUCACACUCCAGCUCGCCUCCGCACCUCUCGAGCAAUACCGCACGUCAUCUAAACCUCUUGCACCUCUCUCCAAGUCUGGCGAAUACACCACAAAGCUGGACUCACACGUUUACCUCGGCGCUGGCCUGGAGCAGGCUGAGCUUUUCCGCCUGACGUCGCACGUCACACAUGGCCUCACCGUUCUGCCCACGGCCCUGGAAUCGGACGAUGCGGUCCAGCGACUCCAAGAGUCCCUGGCCGCUGCUGCUCGCGGCAACAAGCAGACUGCCGACGGUGGUGUGCCAAUGAUCAACGUGAGGGAAGACCCCGAACUCGCUGCCCGCAAGGCCGAGCUGAUGGAGAGGGAGGCCAUGCGCGCUGAGCGCCGCCGUCAGCAGCUGGCAGACCGUGAGGCGGAUCGUACUCGCCGCGUCGCCGCACCCCGUACGAUGGCCAAUGGUCUUACCGUUGGUGGAUUGGAAGAUGAUGGUCUACGCACCACCCGCCCUCGCGCUAAACCGCGCCGCCCCAACCGUCGUGGAGAAAUCAUGACGGACGAAGAGGAGGAGUGGGGUCGUGGUGGCCGCACCCGCGAAGACGAGUAUGACGAGGACGAUGGUUUCUUGGUACGGAGUGACGAGGAGCUCGAGGAGGAAGGUGACGAUGACGAUGACGAGGAAGAGCUCGAGGAUGAGGACAUGGAUGCCGAGGGUGAAGUCGAUGAUGAAGUCGCUCCUUCUAAGCCAGCCCGGAAAGAAGAGACUCCCCGAGGAGAUGGAACGCCACCAGCCCGGAAGAAGAACCGCUAUGUGGUUGAUGAUGAUGACGAGGAUGAGUGAUCUCUACCAAACAUCAAUCUCUCAAUUUUUUUCCUGUUUAAUCUUUCCUUGACAAUUCGGUCUGAACAUGGCCUGGGCGUCACAUUUAUAACGGUUGGCAUUUUCAGUGGGGCAGUGGUUCUGCUUUAACGCUUGAACUCAGGCUGGCAUAGUACAUUUUUCUCUGGCAAAAGUAAUGAAAUGAUCGAUGAUCGAAUCAAGUAACCA